GUUGAACUCUCGCUGAGUUGACUCCACGAUGAGGGCUGUCCUACUGAUACUCGCAAGCCUGGCCGCCGUGGCCAUGGCUAGGCCUGAACUCGACGACAACACUAGUAUGGUGAACAUGGACAUCAAACACCGGCAACUAGUCAUCCUGAAAUUGCUGAACCACAUCACGGAGCCGUUGAUGUACAAAGAUCUGGAGGAUUGGGGCAAGAACUUCAAAAUUGAAGACAACAUGGAAUUAUUCACUAAAACCGAUGUUGUAAAGCACUUCAUCAAAAUGAUCAAGACCGGAGUUCUGCCGCGCGGUGAGAUCUUCACUCUGCACAUUGACCGCCAGCUCAAGGAAGUUGUCACCAUGUUCCACAUGCUGUACUACGCCAAAGACUUCAACACCUUCAUCAAGACCGCCUGCUGGAUGCGCCUUCACCUCAACGAGGGUAUGUUCGUAUACGCUCUCACCGUGGCAGUCAGACACCGUGAGGACUGCAAGGGAAUCAUCUUGCCUCCUCCCUAUGAAAUCUACCCAUACUACUUCGUACGUGCCGAUGUUAUCCAGAAAGCUUACUUAUUGAAGAUGAAGAAGGGAGAUGUGGAUCUUAAACUGUGUGAUUUCUAUGGAAUCAAGAAGACCGACAAAGAUGUUUUCAUAAUCGACGAGAAUGUGUUUGACAAACGUGUACAUCUCUCCGACGAAGACAAACUCCGCUACUUCACUGAGGAUAUUGAUCUCAAUACUUACUAUUACUACUUCCACGUUGACUAUCCAUUCUGGAUGAAGGACACCGUAAUGGAUAAGAACUUGAAGACUAGGCGUUUUGAGCUUACAGUGUACAUGUACCAACAGAUCCUUGCUAGAUACUACUUGGAGCGUUUGUCCAACAGGAUGGGCAUGAUCAAGGAGUUCUCUUGGCACAAAACCAUUAAGAAGGGAUACUGGCCGUGGUUAAAAACGAGCAAUGGUAUUGAAUUCCCUGUAAGGUUCAACAACUACGUCAUUGCACACGAUUACAACCGUGACGUCAUCCGCCUGUGCGAGGAGUAUGAGAGGAUUAUCCGGGAGGCUAUCAUCAAAGGAUUCAUCGAAAUUAACGGCAUGAGACUGGAACUUACCAAGACUGAGGACAUGGAGGUUCUUGGAAAACUGAUCUACGGUAAAAUCGACAAGCUUGAUCUUGACAGGACCGUGGUUGACUCAUACCGCUACCUGCUCAUCGUCAUGAAGGCUGCUCUUGGUCUUAACACUCUCCACUCCGACAAGUACUUCGUUGUUCCUUCUGUCCUGGACCAAUACCAGACAGCUCUUCGUGACCCAGUAUUCUACAUGCUGCAGAAACGCAUCCUGGAUUUGGUAUUCUUGUUCAAGCUGCGUUUGCCCUGUUACACCAAAGAGGACCUGUACUUCCCCGGCGUGAAGGUCGACAACGUUAACGUUGACAAGCUCGUUACUUACUUCGAUGACUAUCUUAUGGACAUGACUAACGCUGUCUUCUUGACGGAAGAAGAGAUGAAGAAGACAAAGUCAGACAUGAAAUUCAUGGUACGCAAGCGCCGUCUCAAUCACCAGCCAUUCAAGGUCACUCUUGACAUAUUAUCUGACAAGGCCGUUGACUGUGUCGUAAGAAUAUUCCUUGGACCGAAGAAAGAUCACAUGGAUCGCCUCAUUGACAUCAACAUUAAUCGCCUUAACUUCGUCGAAUUAGAUACUUUCCUUUUCAAACUGACAACUGGCAAGAAUACUAUCGUCAGAAACUCUCAUGACAUGCACAACAUUGUUCACGACCGCAUGUUUACCCGUGACUUGAUGAAGAAGGUUGAAUCUAUCACCGACAUGAGGGACUUAUUGAUCAAGGACUUGAGGAACUACCACACUGGCUUCCCCACCAGGCUACUUCUUCCUAGGGGCUUCGUUGGAGGUAUGGACUGUAUGCUGUACGUUAUUGUGACACCACUGAGGCUGGUCGACAACGUCGAUAUGAACGUGUUGGAUAUCUACCGUAAGGACUUAGUGCGCGACUUCAGAUCGACUGUCCUUCUCGACAAAAUGCCUCUUGGCUUCCCCUUUGAUCGCCGAAUUGAUGUUGGAAACUUCUUCACGCCAAACAUGAAGUUCAUUGAUGUAAAGAUCUUCCACAAGAAGAUGACAUGUGAUAUGAAGACCAGGUGGAACCGAUGGGUGCUGAGGGACUACAACAUGGUGGACAGGACAACCAUCGAUUCUGACAGCUACUUCGUGGAUACCGACCUGAACAUGAAAAUGGACCGCAACAUUAACUUGACCGACAUGUGAAUUCAUCACGGACGACUAAACUGAAAAUACUGACUGUGUCAGUAAUAUACGCAAUAAAAAAAUGAAAAAAAAAAAAACAAUAAACUGAAGUAUUUUUAUUAA